AAAAUGUUUUUUUUUUUGGUUGGUUGGUUGAAAAUGAAAUAAAAUCUCGAAUCUGAAACUUUUCUUAUCUUCCACUUGUGAAUUCAAUUUUCAAAGAAAAUUAGUUUCCGAACGACCGACAACUAAAUUUUCCAAGUAGACACUUUGUGCCGUGCGCAUACUGAUUUACUAAAACUGAUAUUUUAGUGAAAUGUUCAUAUUCCACGAUCACAACAUGGAUCAUGUAUUUCUGAACAUAAACGUAAACAGAAAUACAAAUGGAUCGAAUAAUCCGGAUCGUAGUAAAACCGAGACCCUCCAAGAUGACAUAGAAAUGGUCGUAGACGAAUCGCACGAUCUACAUCAAAACGACGAUACAGUUCACAUGGUCGAUUAUGACGUCAAUAUGAAGGAACGUGAAUUCGAGUUGAAAGAUGUUGUCAAAGAAGGCCAUGAUAAGGCCGAUCCAUCUCAAUUCGAAUUGUUGCGAGUGCUGGGCGAGGGAUCGUUCGGAAAGGUUUUCCUGGUGCGCAAAAUUAUCGGCAAAGAUGCGGGUGCAUUGUAUGCAAUGAAGGUGCUGAAAAAAGCUACGCUCAAAGUGAAGGAUCGAGUGCGUAGUACAACCGAGCGGAAUAUAUUAGCUGAUGUUGGACACGCCUUUAUUGUAAAACUACAUUACGCAUUUCAGACGCCUGGUAAAUUAUACUUAAUUCUGGACUUUUUACGGGGAGGAGAUCUAUUUACACGACUUAGUAAAGAGGUCAUGUUCACCGAAGAGGACGUAAAAUUCUAUUUAGCCGAAUUAGCACUAGCCCUGAACCACUUGCAUAGUAUAGGAAUCAUCUACAGAGAUCUUAAGCCAGAAAAUAUUUUACUGGAUCAAGACGGUCACAUUGCACUAACUGACUUUGGGCUCAGUAAACAGCCACUGGACGGAUCAAAAACGUACAGUUUUUGUGGUACAGUCGAGUAUAUGGCACCGGAAGUCGUCAAUCGAAAAGGACAUCAUUUCAGUGCGGACUGGUGGUCGUUUGGUGUUUUAAUGUACGAGAUGUUAACGGGAAAUCUUCCUUUUCAUUGUUCCACACGUCAAGAGACAAUGAAUCAAAUACUUAAGGCCAAACUUGGCAUGCCCGACAACCUCAGUUCUGAAGCUCAAUCAUUGUUACGUGCAUUAUUUAAGCGAAAUCCGCAGAAUCGUGUUGGAGCUGGACCGAAUGGCAUCGAAGACAUAAAGAGCCACGAAUUCUUCGCGACAAUAGACUGGCCGAAUUUGGUCGAGAAAAAAGUGCGUCCGCCGUUUAUUCCAGCUGUGUCCCGUGACGAUGCGUUUUACUUUGAUGUUGAAUACACCAGCAAAUCACCGAAAGAUUCGCCGGGCGGACCGGUUAGUGCCAGUGCGCAUGAAAUAUUUCGCGGUUUCAGUUUCAUUGCGCCGGGUUUAUUGGAUGACACAAAUGUGGCGAGUGUUCGAAUGCCAUUUUCGAAUGAUAUUCCAGGGGUGAAACCGGGAGUAUUUCAGGACGAGUACAAUGUGAUGCAGGAACUUGGUCGCGGCACGUUUUCCGUUUGCCGAUUAUGUGAGUCGAAGACGACCAGAAAACAGUACGCAGUCAAGAUCAUCAACAAAUCGAAUCAUGACUGUCGCGAAGAGGUCGAAAUAUUGUUGCGAUACGGCAACCAUCCCAACAUUGUUACACUGUAUGGAGUUCACGAGGACAGCCUCUAUGUGUACUUAGUGAUGGAGUUGUUACGAGGUGGUGAACUACUGGAUCGAAUAUUAGCUAUCCAUAGGAUGAGUGAAAGUGAAGCUAGUGCCGUUCUGCGAACUGUUGUUUCGGCUGUCGCCUACCUUCACGAUCAUGGCGUUGUGCAUAGGGAUUUGAAGCCGUCGAAUCUGUUAUACGCUUCCAUACAACAGACGCCAGAAUCCUUAAAACUUUGUGAUUUAGGUUUCGGUCGUCAAUUACGUGCAGACAAUGGACUGUUGAUGACCCCAUGCUAUACUGCAAAUUUUGUUGCACCGGAAGUACUGAAGAGACAAGGCUAUGAUUUGGCUUGUGACAUUUGGUCGCUUGGUGUUCUACUGUAUAUUAUGCUUGAUGGAAAAACACCAUUUGCUAGCACACCAGACGAUUCACCAGAAAUGAUUUUAAGUCGAAUAGGUUCCGGUUACAUUGACCUGUCGUCUGGGCACUGGGAAAAUGUUUCACAUGAGGUCAAAGAUCUGCUCGGAAAAAUGCUUCAUAUCGUACCACAGAAGCGACCGCUAGCAGCACAAAUACUUUGUCAUCCAUGGAUGUUACAGCAACCGCCACCCGAAAUCAGAACGACAGAUGUCAGUGGCAUGUCGCAUGCGCGUCAAGAAACCGCGGCUCUCAGAGGUGCAGUGGCUGCAACAUUUAGAGCUAUUGCUUCGCCUCAAGCUGCCAAUGUUGGUCCCGUCGGAAUGUCCGAAUUAGCUAGACGUCGAGCAAGAGAUAAGCCCAGUGAUUUAUAAAAUUGAAAGUUCUUUUUUCCGUUGGUAAAAUAUGUGGAUUGUCGUUGUUGAUUAUUUUUACUUAAAAAAGAAAAGAAAACUUUAUCCCAUUUCGAUGUUUAAUUUUAAAACGCAAUUUGUCAUUGUCACAUAUUAUUAAGUAUUUUCUCGUCAUGUAAACACAUUGUUGGCAUCUUUACAUUUUUUGAAUUUGAAUUUUUGUUCAUUUAAAUUUUUAUUUUAUUUUAUUGAAACCGACUAACGCAAGUCAAACGCGCUGUAUAAGUUCUACCUUGUGAAUCAGUUCAAAUAUUUAGAAAAAAAAAAAUCAUUUGACCCCCGACUACAUGACUUCAAUAUCGAAAUCUCGUUUUGUUUUUUGUAUCACAAUUAAAGUGUAAUUUUAGCUGCAAUUGAACUUGCCACAAUACGAUAAGUCUUCUUCCUAGUAGGUAUACACAAUCUAAAA